CUCUUUACUUUUUACCAUUAUCUAUUAUACAAAAACGCAUGCAAUGAUUUGAUGAUUCUAUUUAUAUGAUUAAGUUCAACUUUAAAUACGAUUGCAUUGAUUUUGUCAAUCAUAAUUAUAUUAGAUUUACUUACAAUGGCUUCAUCCCGAGAAUCUUCGCCCGCGACAUCUACUUCACCAAUGGAGUUAACACCCAAAUCCAAAAUAAGAGCAGACCUUGCAGCCGCAGGAUUGGGUAGUUCUGAUGAAGAGAGUGUGUCCGGAAACGCGAGAAAAAGAUUAGCCUCGCGAAAACCAAAGCCAAACAGCUCAAAACCGGAUACAUCUAAUGCCAAUUCGCAAUUAACCUUACCCAGCAGGAAAGAAGGAUCGAUUGAGGUCGAAAGCCAGAGUUCUUCAGACGAUGAGGAUGUAUCAAGGCCAAGGGGCCGAAUGGCUGCACGUAUGCGAGCUGCAUUAGACGGGUCAGACGACGAUCAGCUUGUUGCGAAUAAUCCGAGGGAAAGAGUCAAGAGAUUAUUGAAGAAGAAACCAAGGCCCGAGCCACCGAAGGCUGCAGAUGAAGACAGUCAGACUGAUGAAACUGGCACGCCAGUCAUUUCACGGAAGCGCAGUAUAGGAGAUUCGCUUCCCCAGACACCCGUUCAAUCAACUCCUCAACAAGAAUCUACCUCGCCGGGACUUUUUGUUACACCCAAUGCUGGCAGAUCAGCCACACCACAAGCUGACCCCCAAGGAUUAGAGGGUGUUUCAAUGAACUCAACAUCGGUAUCAAACAAACUCCGAGCUCUGGUUGAAAAGAAGCGACAAGAACUACGCGUGAAAGAGGUAGGAGAGAAAAAUAAGAAGGCCACUAAAGUAGCAGAAAGAAAACGACAGGCCGCAUCAAUCGAGGAAGAUGAUCAAGAUAGCACCGAAGAUGAGGGAGGGCAGCGACUUACGCAACAGAAUCGCCCUACCCGCAAGGCAAGCAAGAGGGCCAUUGAGGAGAUGAACAAAGAAACCCAACGGAUGAGCCGGAACAUGCAAUUAGCUCACAACCCUAUAACCAAGAAAAAAAUCACGAAACAGAGUUUGUUUGCUAAAUUCGGCUAUAAACAAGCUGGAGAGCCUAAUGUUGCUUCUUUGGAUCCUGUUAGACCAACGAGAUCAAGUCCUCCACCCGCACCACAAUCUGAUGUUGAUAUGCAGGAUACGCCACCCACAUCUCCACCAGAUGAUAUGAACAUUAAAGAAAAGCAAAAAUCCGCGGAACCUCCUCAGGUGGUAAGCAUAACUAUGGAUAUGGCAGACGAAGAAGAAGAUUUACCAACUCUCGAAGAAGUUUUAAAGUCGUCGCCACCUUGUCGGAAAGAAAAGGGUAAAGGAAAAGCUGUCCACUCGGAGCUGCCUGAAAUCUCAACGGAUAAGAAUUCUGUCUUCAAGCAACGGCCAAUUCGGGUACGACCAGCGAAGGUCGAUACAGGUGACUUGGAGCUUGAUUCAGAUAGUGAUCUUGAGAUUGUGAAAGUAAAGAAAUCUGUUCGCAAUGCAAAGCUAGAUGCAAUAUUUAAUCGCAUUCCAGAGAAACAAGCCCGAGAGCCUCAUUCAAUGGUGGCCUUACGAAUGCUUGCACAUCUUAGAUCGCCUGGAAAGCAAAACACAGGAAGAAAUCAGAAAUCUUCGAUGACAGCUCAAGACCUACAGAAUAGCCUACAGUUAAUGGCAAGGCAACAAGCCCAUCGAGAACGGGAGGAGCGACUCCAAGCUCUGAGAGAUAGAGGAAUUAUCGUGCAGACUUCUGAGGAACGUGAAAAAGAAAUGGCCGAGGUUUAUGAUUUGCUCGCCAAAGCUCGCCGAGAAGGAGAAGAGAUCCAGGCGAGAGAAAAGGCAGCUGCUAAAAAGGAGCGAAAGGCCAAUGGUGAAGUAGACCCAUUGGACGAUAGCAGUGACGAUGAGGAUUGGUCAGAAACAAAUGAAGUACCAGAAGAGGAAGAAGCUUCCGGCUCAGAAGAUAAUGAGCACGAAAACUCCGAAAACGAAGAAAGUGGUGAAGGCGAAGAUGAAGAGAUGGAGGAAAGGGAAGAGACAGCUCAUAGUGCAGCACCCAGCCCCUUUUUCGACAAUGAGGCAGAGGAAGAUGGAAAAUCCGAAAUUGACCUUUCUAUUCCAGAAGACUCAGUUGACCCUAUGGAUGCUGAAGAAGAAGAAAUAACUCUCCCUGUUCACCGAAAGUCCAGAAGAUCGAACAUUAUCUCCGAUGACGAGGAAGAAGAAUAUAUCCUUACAAAGACGCCAAAAGCUCCUCGGACUCUAUCUUUGACACAGCCACAGACCGAUUCACCAGUAGCCCCAACUUCAGUUCUUCGCUCAGCAACCAAAACAUUCAUACCUGGUUUAACCGUAACGGGCCCGGCUGGACUCGGUCUUACACAAAUAUUCCAAGGCACAAUGGAUGACAGCCAGGACGUUUUUGGAGCAUCAAAUCCAGAGUCACAAACGUUUGGUAAAAGGGGAACCUCCAUGGAUUUCCUUCGCCGACGAGCUUUGCCAGAGCUGCCUGAUUUUGUCCCCACUAUGAAUGACGAAGAGUCACAAGACAUAGUGAUGGACAGCCAAACUCAAAUAGCAGCAUCGCAACCAGCCGAUAGUGAGACUCAAGGAAUUCAGAUUUCAUUCUCUCAGUCACAAAUACAUGAUUUUGACAGCUUGGUUGAGAAUCCAUUGUCGACUCAAGUAUCCGACUUCCCAAAUACUCAGGACGAAGGAUUUUCCAUGAUCACGCCAAUCAAAUCCCGAUUUAUGGAUCCACCUUCAACAGCAGACACGCUCAGGAUGGAGUCCCAGUUUACUCAAAUUCCUGUCGACGAUAUUCAAGAAACACCUCUCGUGAAAAGGAAAGGAAAGCUCCGCCGAAGAGCUCAAGUUAAUUCUGUUUCCGAAGACGAUGAAUCAUUGGACGCCGUCAAAGUUGAUGAAAAUCAAAAUGACAAUUUCGAAAUUAGCGCCAACGCUUUUGAUGUCAUGCGAAAAGCCGCCAAAAGGAAGCCGAAGGUCCCAGAUAACUUCGAUAAGAAGAAAAGCGAUGCUAAGAACAUGGUCAAUGAACAAGCCGAGGAAUCAGAAGACGAGUAUGCUGGAUUAGGUGGUGCAAGCGACGAUGAAAGUGGUGGCGAAGAGGAUGCUUUUGUCAAGGAAAUGAUAGAUGACGAAAAGAAGGAUAUUGACGAGAGCGAACUUGCCAAAUUUUAUGCGUAAGAAUUUUCAACACCUCGUCACGUUUAUUUUUGCUAAUCCACGUUAGUGACCGCGAAAGAGCAAAUGACGAGAAGCAAAUAGAAAAGCUUUACAAUGAUAUCUCCAAGGGCAUGCUUCGCCGCAAACGUGGUGCUGAUUACGACCUUUCGGAUUCAGACGAUGGUGGAGAGGCACGUAAACGUCGAAAACGUGCAGCGGAGGCCAAGCUGCGCAAGGCUUUACUUGCAGACGAAAAAAUCGGGAAGAUUGCACAGAAUCCUAAAAAAGAGGCUUUUCUUCGUGCUAUCGAGGAUCAAGGAAGUGACGAUGAGAUGGGUUUUCUGGAUGAUUUUCAAGAAAAAGAUGACACUUCUGACUCACAGUCUCAAACUCAAAACGACGAAUCUCAGCAGGCGCCAGAGAAUCAGACUGGAGAAGUCAUGGGCCCUCCCCUGAAGCGUAAGCAUUCUGAUGGUGCAGGUUAUGUUCGACCGCCACCACAUUUGCGACGCACAGGAAAGAAGCCAUCAAAUCUCUCGGAGGUUCGAGAAUCAUUGUCAAGUCUCAUUGAAGAUCCUCAUGCUAUGGUCACUUCAACGAAUUUUGAGUCUGAUUCAGAUGAUGAUCUGGAAAUUGAAGGAGGUCCAGAACAAGGAAGCCAAAAAAAUCGUGAUCCUUUUGCCUUGCGCAGAACAGGCACUUCUAUCAUUGAUAGAAUACAACUUAAGCGUGAAUCUUCAAGCAAUGUUGCUGCCAAUAAGGAGCGUCUUGCAUUCGCUGCGCCUUCAUCACAACCAGGUCACAGGGUAGUACCUCUACUGAGAAAAGCCACGACAAAUAGCAGUAUCUUGUCUGGAACAUCAAGCACGGGUGUCAGUACUGGAAUGUCGGCAACGGAGCGAAUGGCGGGUGGGAAGGAUGAGGGAUCCAGUAUUAGGAGGGGAGGGGGAAAGCAUAGUGGAGUGAACUCUUUCGUCAGGGAAAGCGAGCGAAAGGCUAUGAUGGAGAAGAAGGAGAAGAGAAGAGAACAGAAGAAAUUCAAGGGCGUAGAGAGUAGGCGUAAGGCUGUUGGAGGUUUAUUUGGGAAAGGGUCGUUCGAUUAGGAACUUGUCAUUGGGAUAGACCGGAUUGUCUGUGUCUGGAUUAGCAUUUGGUGUUCUGGUGUAAACGAAUUGGCAUAGCCACAGGAGUUUUGAUAGAUUUGAUAUUGGAUUGAUGAUGAUGCUAACGCCAAGGUUUUACAUCCUGAUCUUCUUAUGCCAUCAUAUUGAAGAGUGUUUUGCCCUACGACAUUAGCUAUUUUGAAGGAAAGCAGCUGGCUUGAAAUACAUUUUGUGAUACAUACUUUAUGAAACUCAACAAUGAGAGUUCUAGUGUCACGAUUAUGGGGGAAAUGGAAAUGGAAAUGGAAAUGGCUUCAAUUCAUCCCAAUGUCUAUAAUGUUGCGAUGUAGUCUAGAACAAUAAGAAUAC